AUGAAUCCAGUUGUCGAGGAGUGUAUACGGCUGCUUCGUCGUGAUCACAUCAAGGUCGUUGCUUUUGAUAUGGAUCAGACGGCCGUGGCGAUGCUUAGCCGUGGCCGACUGCGUCGAAAUGAUUUACAGUUUUACAUUUCCAAAGCGAGCCCUGCUUUUUCUGAGCUGAUUCCAGCGUUGUUCGACUAUGGCUUCGGUCUAGCAAUAGCAACUCAUUCCGACGAAGCUGAAUUCAGCGGCGACGUUAAACGUGAGACCCACAUUUUGGGCAGCGAGCUAGCGAAAGCAUUGGUGGACACAACAUUUUCCGCUCUUAUUGCUCGGUCCUUUUUCAUUGUUGCUUACAAUCCGCGAUGGCAUUUCGAUGGGAUGGAAGAGAAUAAAAAGAUCAAACGACAUCACAUGGAAGAGAUCAAAAGCCAUUUCGGUGUUGACGCGAAAGAAAUUUUGUUUUUUGAUGACACGGAAAUUGUUGUGGAGGAUUGCAACAAAACCUGCGGGGUCCGAACUAUUGCUGUUGACCCUUCUGAAGCGUUUCAGCUGUCUGAUCUUUUGAAUGGUCUGAUUAGAUGA